UUCUGCGCAGAUGCUCGACGCUCGACGCUUGCAUGUAAUGGUACCUUUAGUUACUGUACCGCGUACCGCGCUACAUGUAAUCGCACCUGCAGGCUUUUCUCUGGUUCUACAUUAUUCCGUUUUUCGUUAUCCAUUGUUAUCGUCCUCGCUGGUUCUCAAAAAUAGGAAUUACGGAUUUACGCGGCAGAAAUAGCUGACAUGGCAGAAUUAUUGCUGGAUCCAAAUAUCCGUGGUUGGGUAUUCUUGCCUAUAGUAGUGAUCACGUUUCUAGUCGGUAUAAUCCGCCACUAUGUUUCAAUAUUACUUGCUUCGCAAAAGAAGGUCGAGCUUCAUCAAGUGCAAGAUAGUCAAGUCAUGAUACGCUCCAGGCUGCUCCGGGAGAAUGGACAGUACAUACCGAAAGUAGGUUUUAUGACUAGGAGACAUUUCUUCAACAACGAAGAGACUGGUUAUUUUAAGACUCAGAAGCGUCCUCCUGUCUCUCAAAAUCCUAUGACUGAUCCAAAUAUGAUGACUGAAAUGCUGAAGGGAAAUGUGACUAAUGUCUUGCCUAUGGUACUAAUAGGUGGUUGGAUCAAUUGGAUGUUCUCUGGAUUUGUAACAACUAAAGUGCCAUUUCCAUUAACCCUACGUUUCAAGCCAAUGUUGCAACGGGGUAUAGAAUUAGUUACGCUGGAUGCUGCAUGGGUUUCUUCUGCCUCGUGGUAUUUCCUCAAUGUAUUUGGACUAAGGUCUAUUUAUACACUUGUACUUGGUGAAAAUAAUGCUGCAGAUACUACAAGAGUAGUACAAGAUCAAGUAUCAGGAGCUGCAAUGUCUAUGCCACCUGAUCCAAAAGCAGCCUUCAAGUCUGAAUGGGAAGCGUUGGAAAUUUGUGAACAUAAUUGGGCGUUACAAGGAGUAGAUAUUGAGCUUAUGGGUAUCCAAUCAAAAAUGGAUCUAGUUGAUAAUAUAUAUCAUCAAGGCAAAGCAAAUUGAUA